UAUGGAGCGACCGGGAGUGAGGACGGCACGGCCGCUCACAGUGCUGGGUGAAGAAUGCGCCGCUCCGGUCCCUGAGGUGCUCGGAGCGCUGGAGGGCUCGCCACCUUGGCUGCAGCCCCCGGCCUCGGGCUGGGAACGAGUUCGGGAGCUCUUUCGGCGGAAUGAACAAAAGACGUACCCAGAAGAAACGAUAUAUAUAGCUAAAGCAACAUUUACAGGGAGUCUUGUUGGCUUUGUCUACGGCGGUAUACCUGGAUAUCUAAAUGCCAAAAAACAGUACAUUGAGAAAUGUGGAGGAGAACUCUACCAUAAUCGGCUGGAUGCUGUGCAAUCUAUGCAACGAAUAGCAAUGAGGGGAUUCAUCCGAUAUGGCUGGCGGUGGAGCUGGAGAGUUGCUGCUUUUGUAGCAAUAUUCAACACAGUGAAUACUGGCUUGUCUGUAUAUCGUGAUAAAAGUACCCUUGGUCACUAUACCAUUGCUGGAGCUUGUACCGGCAGCUUGUUCAGAAUGCACUUGGGCUUGAGAGGUCUGAUUGGAGGCAGUGUUAUUGGAGGACUCUUGGGUGGCUCUCUGGGAACAUUACUAAUGGGACUGCAAAAAGUCACUGGCGAAACCUUUGUUGAGAGAAAGAAAAGAAAGCAAAGUGAGCUACAUGCAUUUAAGAUGGCAAAGUGGAAAGCCACUCUUGAUAUCCCUGAAGACAGUUCAGAAGAAACAGAUGAUGUCCUGCAGGAAAAAGAUGGUAGAUAAUCUUGGAAAUUCAACUUUAAAAAUUGACUAGAAGCCGUUUGUUGGACGGGGAGAAAUUUGAAUUUCUCUGGAUACAUAAUUAAAUAUGUGCAGGUAACAACAGAACUUCUUGUGGCAAAAACAGUAACUUUAAUUUUUUUUUUUAAAGUUGUAUAAAAAUAAUGUCUGGGAAUAUUCAUGUAAAACACAAAUUCUUAGAUAUAGCAUUACUGCUUCCUUAAAAUAUAUAAAAAAAUGACUAAAUAUUUUUGAAA